CUAUCGCUAGUCUUUCUCUGUAGCCAUGGCCUCUGGCAAGAACAUCUCCUUGGAGGAUGUCAAGAACGAGACGGUUGAUCUUGAGCGAAUUCCUGUGGAUGAAGUUUUUGAACAGCUGAAAUGCACCAGGGAAGGAUUGACAGAUGAGGAGGGAGAGCAGAGGCUCCAGAUCUUUGGCCUCAACAAGCUCGAGGAGAAAAAGGAAAGCAAGCUCCUCAAGUUCUUGGGAUUUAUGUGGAAUCCUCUGUCAUGGGUCAUGGAGUCUGCUGCUAUCAUGGCCAUUGUGUUGGCCAAUGGAGGGGGGAAGCCUCCAGAUUGGCAAGACUUUGUUGGUAUUGUUGUGUUGCUCAUCAUCAACUCAACCAUCAGCUUUAUUGAGGAAAACAACGCAGGAAACGCCGCUGCCGCUCUAAUGGCAGGUCUUGCUCCAAAAACCAAGGUGUUAAGAGGUGGAAAAUGGAGCGAGCAGGAGGCUGCAAUCCUGGUACCAGGAGAUGUCAUUAGCAUCAAGUUGGGAGAUAUCAUCCCAGCUGAUGCUCGUCUCUUGGAGGGAGAUCCGCUCAAGAUCGAUCAAUCAGCCCUCACUGGUGAGUCCUUACCCGUCACGAAGAACCCAGGCGAUGAGAUCUUCUCUGGUUCCACCUGCAAGCAAGGUGAGAUUGAGGCUGUUGUCAUUGCCACUGGUGUCCACACCUUCUUUGGCAAGGCUGCCCACCUUGUUGACAGCACCAACCAAGUUGGUCAUUUCCAAAAGGUGUUGACGGCGAUCGGUAACUUCUGUAUCUGCUCCAUUGGUUUGGGAAUGUUGGUCGAGAUCCUCGUGAUGUACCCCAUCCAGCAGAGGAAGUAUAGAGAGGGUAUUGACAAUCUCUUGGUUCUUCUCAUUGGAGGAAUUCCCAUUGCCAUGCCCACUGUUUUGUCUGUGACAAUGGCCAUCGGGUCUCACCGGUUGUCCCAGCAGGGUGCCAUUACCAAGAGGAUGACUGCCAUUGAAGAAAUGGCUGGAAUGGAUGUCCUCUGCAGUGACAAGACCGGCACCCUCACCCUUAACAAGCUUACUGUCGACAAGACUCUUAUCGAGGUGUUUGCAAAGGACAUGGACAAGGACACCGUCCUUCUCCUUGCUGCUCAGGCUUCUAGGGUGGAGAAUCAGGACGCCAUUGAUGCUUCAAUCGUUGGAAUGUUGAGUGACCCCAAGGAGGCCAGAGCAGGGAUCACCGAGGUGCAUUUCCUGCCCUUCAAUCCAGUGGACAAGCGCACUGCUAUCACCUACUAUGACACCAAAGGCAAUUGGCACCGAUGCAGCAAGGGAGCUCCCGAGCAAAUAAUUGACCUUUGCAAUCUCAAGGGUGAUGUAAAGAACAAGGCCCAUGCCAUCAUCGACAAGUUUGCUGACCGUGGCCUUCGUUCUUUGGGCGUUUCUAGACAGACAAUACCAGAGAAGAACAAGGACAGUGCUGGAGGGCCAUGGGAGUUCGUGGGUCUCUUGCCUCUCUUUGACCCUCCAAGGCAUGAUAGUGCAGAGACUAUCCGCCGCGCCCUCAACCUUGGUGUCAAUGUUAAGAUGAUUACUGGUGACCAGCUUGCCAUUGGAAAAGAGACUGGCCGCAGGCUUGGCAUGGGAACCAACAUGUAUCCCUCAUCCUCUCUUCUUGGCCAAUGCAAGGACGAGUCCAUUGCUGGAAUCCCUGUUGAUGAGCUCAUUGAGAAGGCUGAUGGCUUUGCUGGAGUCUUCCCAGAGCACAAGUAUGAGAUUGUCAAGAAGCUGCAAGAGAGAAAGCACAUUUGUGGCAUGACUGGAGAUGGUGUUAAUGAUGCCCCAGCCUUGAAGAAGGCUGACAUUGGUAUUGCAGUGGCUGACGCAACCGAUGCUGCCCGGAGUGCAUCAGAUAUUGUCUUGACAGAGCCAGGACUGAGCGUGAUCGUGAGUGCUGUGUUGACAAGCAGAGCUAUCUUCCAGAGAAUGAAGAACUAUACCAUCUAUGCUGUUUCAAUCACAAUCCGUAUUGUGUUGGGAUUCAUGCUCAUUGCUCUUAUCUGGAAGUUUGACUUCUCGCCUUUCAUGGUUCUGAUCAUUGCCGUCCUGAACGACGGCACCAUCAUGACCAUCUCUAAGGAUAGGGUGAAGCCAUCUCCACUACCUGACUCCUGGAAGCUCAAGGAAAUUUUUGCUACUGGUGUUGUCCUCGGAGCCUACCUUGCUCUCAUGACUGUCCUCUUCUUCUGGAUGGCACACGACACUGAUAUCUUUUCGAAACUUUUCGGCGUGAAAUCGAUCCAGAAUAGCCCAGAUGAGCUUACCGCCGCUCUCUACCUUCAAGUUAGCAUUGUCAGCCAGGCGCUCAUCUUUGUGACCAGGUCAAGGAGCUGGUCCUUUGUCGAACGCCCGGGUCUCUUGCUUGUUGGUGCCUUCAUUGCUGCCCAGCUGGUGGCUACACUCAUUGCUGUGUAUGCAAACUGGGGCUUUGCUCGGAUCCAAGGCGUCGGAUGGGGUUGGGCAGCGGCAAUCUGGGUUUUCAGCAUUGUCACCUACUUCCCUCUUGAUAUUCUCAAGUUCAUUAUCCGUUACUCGUUGAGCGGCAAGGCCUGGGACAAUCUGCUCCAGAACAAGACCGCCUUCACAACAAAGAAGGACUACGGAAGGGGCGAGAGGGAGGCACAAUGGGCCUUGGCUCAACGCACGCUCCACGGUCUUCAACCCCCAGACACCACUGGCCUGUUCGGUGAUGCAAACAACUACAGAGAGUUGUCUGAAAUCGCAGAGCAGGCUAAGAAGCGGGCUGAGGUCGCGAGGCUGAGGGAGCUUCAUACUCUCAAGGGACAUGUUGAGUCAGUGGUGAAGCUGAAGGGUCUGGACAUUGAGACCAUCCAACAGCACUACACAGUUUAAAGAUAAAACAAGAAUUAGAUGCUCUGCUUUUGUUGAGGAGCGCAGGCAAAAAAAGUUGGGAGUGAAGAAUAAAGGUGGAAAGGGUUAAUUUUUAGUUAUCCUUUUUGU